ACGUAGGCGGGGCCUAGGGCAUCCAGUGAUAAACUGCUCCUGGAGGUGGAGGGCGUUGCCCCGUGAAGGGAUUGUCCAAUGAAAGUAAUCAACGCCAGAAGCCGAGGCACCGUCGGGGCAGAGGGGACGAUGGAGAAUUUCACAGCGCUCUUUGGAGCUCAGGCUGACCCACCACCGCCUCCAGCCGCACUCAGCUUCGGUCCCGGAAAGCCUCCGCCUCCGCCUCCUCCUCCGCCGGGCGGAGGACCCGGCACGGCCCCGCCCCCUUCCGCAGCCACAGCCCCUCCUGGCGCCGAUAAGUCAGCGGCUGGUUGUGGCCCCUUCUACCUAAUGCGGGAACUGCCAGGCAACACUGAGCUGACAGGCAGCACCAAUCUGAUCACACACUACAACCUGGAACAUGCCUAUAAUAAAUUCUGUGGAAAGAAGGUGAAAGAGAAGCUAAGUAACUUCCUGCCUGACCUGCCAGGGAUGAUUGAUCUGCCUGGUUCCCAUGAUAACAGCAGCCUCCGCUCCCUCAUUGAAAAGCCCCCUAUUCUUGGUGGCUCUUUUAAUCCUAUCACAGGGACCAUGCUGGCUGGCUUCCGCCUCCACACUGGCCCGUUGCCGGAGCAGUGUCGUCUGAUGCAUAUUCAGCCUCCCAAGAAGAAGAAUAAGCACAAGCAUAAACAGAGCCGUACCCAGGAUCCUGUCCCCCCAGAAACACCAUCUGAUUCGGAUCACAAAAAGAAGAAAAAGAAAAAAGAAGAGGAUCCUGAACGGAAAAGAAAGAAGAAAGAGAAGAAGAAAAAGAAGAAUCGACACAGUCCAGACCACCCAGGCAUGGGCAGCUCCCAGGCCAGCAGCAGCAGCAGCCUUCGCUGACAGGACCACUGGACUCUGCUGGGACAGCUUUUCCUGUUGUACUGAACCUGCUGACAAAAGCUGCCUCCCAGCCCCUUGGACACUGCCUUGGGAGUAUCCCCUAUGGCCGAGGCAGAGGCCGACUCCUGCUGUGCUUAGAUGAGGUCAAUGUAUUAGAAAAGGGCCAUGCUUUUGUAAGGCUCAACCCAGUUGGCUCUCUCAUGGACAUCUCUUCUUCCUUUCCCAGGAAGCUUUUGUUCCCUGUCUCUUUUGUACAGUUUGUCUGAUUUAGAAUUUGAUCUGGUUUGUUAAGAUUUUUCUUUAAAAAAAAAAAAACAAAAAACGCAUUUAUCAAACUGACUGAAGUGUGGCUGCCUAUUAAGACGUAAGUGCCUUCCUGUGAAAA